CCAACACCCUUCAUCUUCCCCUCAUUUAUCUCGCAUAAUAUUUGUCUAACUAUUUCUAAAAAAGUGAUUAGAUUUUGACAAACUUUGUCAAAUCCAACAUCAAAUCCAUUAUAUUUUGCCAAAUCCAACAUCAAACCAAAUUCAUUAUAGAGCAAAAAUCCCGAAAACACUCAUUUGCAUUCUUGUCUUCUUCUCCAACAAACCAAACCUUUAAAAUUCCCUUUUUCUCAUCUCCCACUGAUCAGUGCCACUUGUUUUGUUUCCUAAUCACACAAACCAUUAAAGCCACUCUCCUUCAUUAUCUCUAAAAUAUAAAUAAAUGCAGCUUCUACUUUCCAAAGCUUUCAUUUUUUUCCAUCCAAGAACUCUUUUUUCUUCGUGUUCUUUAACAACAAUGGCUACAUCCACUUCAAUUUCUCUUUCUCCAAAACCCCAUCUUAAGGGUAUCGUAUUUGACAUGGACGGAACCCUAACGGUCCCCGUUAUCGACUUUCAGGCCAUGUACAGGGCUGUUCUUGGUCAUGAUGAGUACCUUGCCGUAAAAUCCAAGAACCCUUCUGGCAUUGAUAUUUUGCACCACAUUGAAAGUUGGAGCCACGAUAAACAACUUCGGGCGUAUGAAGUUAUUGCUGAUUUUGAAAAACAGGGACUUGAUCGCCUUCAAAUUAUGCCUGGUGCUGCUGAACUUUGCAGUUUUCUUGAUUCUAGGAACAUUAGAAGGGGAUUAAUCACUAGAAAUGUCAAAGAUGCAGUUGACUUGUUUCAUGAACGCUUUGGAGUGAAAUUUUCUCCUGCACUGAGCAGGGAAUAUCGUCCUUACAAACCAGAUCCAGCUCCAUUGCUGCACAUUUGUUCAACUUGGGAAGUCCAAGCUAAUGAAGUAAUGAUGAUUGGGGACAGCCUUAAAGAUGAUGUUGCUUGUGGCAAACGAGCUGGAGCUUUUACUUGCCUGCUCGAUGAAACAGGAAGGUAUGAUGCUCCAGAAUAUAAAAACUUCGAACACCAACCAGACUAUAAGGUGUCUUCUCUUGUUGAGGUUCAGUCACUUUUAGAAAGAGAUUUUGAGCUGACAUCUUGAUUUUUGCAACUCUUUGGAACCCCUGCCUGGCUGAAGAGCGAGACAUGGUUUACCCUCGUAAGCCUCCAUAUAGCAUUCCUGCAUGCACAUUUCUUUUGGUUUCUGCCCGAUUAGAAUAAUUGGAUUGCAGCUUUGCUCAAGUGAGCGGGAAUCUUUGAGAUGGUGACCAGCCAUUUAUUUUUCAAGCCAAAAAUGGGGAAUAUAAGUUUUUGUUCGCUCUUGGUGGUGCAACUGGUGAUUUACAGAGACUAGUUUUUUAUCGACUAGCCAGGUUCGUUAGGGGUGACAUCGUCAUCUUGUCACCUCUAGCAACUUAGGUAGCACAGCUCUUCCGCGCAAUCACUCUCUUCUUCAAAUUCCAACGAUUUUUAUCAUAUUAGCUAAGAUUUGUUAGGAAUAUUUGUACUUGUUAAUGCAAAGAUUUUCUUUAUAUUUCAGAAAUGAGACCAAGCUGGUCUGAGAGUUGUUUGUGUAGCUUCCAUUUUAGAAUUCAUGCAGUAUUGUUUCUGAAA